AUGUAAAAAGAAAUCCCGGAAAAGAAGAAAAAAAGGGAAAACCGACUGUGACCGAAAGUCCGAAACAGUCAUCUUCCUAAAACCAUGGGAACUGAAGGCUCCUCAAAAGUCCGAACUACCCAUUUCUGCACGAGUUUGUUUUAAUUGAUACAAGAGGCUUCGAUUAUCUUCUUACUGCGAAGGCUUUCACAAGCUCUAUUGGGACGCAGGCAUCUAUAUUUGUUUGUUCAUGAAAGAAGCCGUGGCUGCUGCAUUUGUAUGUGAAGAAAGGAGUGGUGUAUUGUGAGACAGGAUGCCGUGGAGCAAAUUGUGCAUUAAAAUGGGACCUCAUAUAUUUAGGUCCCUUGCAAAAAGGUACCAUCAUCUUAAUAUGGUUGUUAGAUGUAAAACAACAUCUUCCCAAUAUGUUGCAUCUAGAGCAAGAGAUCCAACAUUUGAGAAACUGAUGGAUAAAUACAAAAAUCUUCUUAAAGUGGUUGCUAUCCAAGAUCUUAUCCUUGCUAAUCCAAGGAAUCAAUCAGUAUCUCUAGACUUCCUCUCAAGACUUUCCCAGAAGCUCCAUCUCAACCGAGGUGCUCCCUCCUUCCUUCGCAAAUACCCUCAUAUUUUCCACAUCUUCUAUGAUCCAAACAAGUCCCUGCCAUUUUGCAAAUUAACAGAUACUGCCAAUCAACUAUUUUCCGAAGAAGCAGAUGCUAUCAACGCUUCAUUGCCUGAGGUUGUUGACAGAUUAGUCCGGCUUUUAUCAAUGUCAAAUUCUAAGAUGGUACCACUGCGUGCAAUUUACAAGGUAUGGAGGGAGCUUGGCCUCCCCGACAAUUUUGAGGACUCUGUGAUAUCGAAAUACUCUCAUAUUUUUCAGCUUUGUGAUGCUCAUGAACCAAAUACUCAUUUUCUGAAGUUGGCCGAUCACAUUCCGAGACAUCAUUUCAGAGCAGCUGUUGAGGAAUGGAGAGUUACUCAGUGUUGUAAAGAGGACUGCAGUGUUGAUGAAACAGAAAUCCAGUAUAGUUUUAAACAUAGCUACCCUCCAGGGAUGCGGUUGAAAAAGAAUUUCAAGGCCAAGGUUAAGGAAUGGCAAAAGUGUCCAUAUAUUGGACCAUAUGAGGGAACACUUGACAACAGUAACAAGUAUAAGAACACUAGUAUAGCACUGGAAAAGCAAGCAGUUUCAAUCGUCCAUGAAUUCAUGACGUUGACUGUGGAAAAGAUGGUGGAAAUAGAGAAGAUCAGCCAUUUUAGGAAAUGGUUUGGCGUUGAAUUAAAUAUCAGAGAUCUAUUCUUGGAUCAUCCUGGGAUAUUUUAUUUAUCAACCAAGGGAAAGAGACAUACAGUUUUCCUAAGAGAAGCUUAUGAGAGGGGGUGUUUAAUAGAUCCAAAUCCAGUUUAUACUGUAAGGAGAAAACUCCUAGAUUUAGUUGCUAUGGGGCGUCGGGGUUUAUCUCAUAGUGGCUCAAGACAGAAGGCAGAUCAAGUUCAAAAUGAAGAUGGUGAAACCUCCCUCUAGGUAACAAAUGAAUAAAGGAAAAGAUUCAUAUUAUUCUUUCAACUAAUGUUGCCGAUACUUUCUUCUCAUUUCCUUCUUUCAUAAACCGAGCUCGGAGAAGGAAGAGAUAAGAGGGCCCUAGAGAAUGUGGUCAAAAAUCCAUAAUAGAGUCUGAUCACAACAACCGAAUUGAUUAUCUUCAUGCAUAAGGAUACUAGAUUACCUAAGCUUGUCAAUGACAUCCUGCAAUCAAAUUUUUGAAACAUCGUCACAAUCAAAAAGGAGAAUGCUGGAGAGAUUAACACUUUUGUUGAGGGAAUUUGAAUGUGUUGGGGUAGUUGGUAACUAAUUACCAAUAUGAAAGAAGACCCUUCUUGAAUAUAGAGAAAUUGGAGAAUGGGUUAUUUUACUGCAUCUUCUUGCAGAUGUGAACAUCAUUAUUUCAGGGAAGGAUUGAAGAGCGAGGGGAUCGGACCCUCCUGGCGACUCUGUAAUCCAAUUUUUAAUGCAGAGAGGCUUUAUUGGAGAAGAUGAACAACCUGAUUUGGAUGUCUGAUGUGCGUUCUUUGUGAUCUGCAGGCGAUUAUGCUUUGAACAAAGCUUAAUUAACACGGGAUGGGAAUACUUUGAACAACCUGGUUAUUUCUAUUGCAUCUUCAUUAUCUGCAUAAACUUCUUGAACACUCUGAACAUGUAGUCCUUUGAGUCUCCUAUGCCACUUGUUUUCAAGUGAAAAGGCAGACUUCAAACAUUUGUUUUUGGGUUGUACCGAAGAAGAUUUGAAGCCUGAGGAAAGGAAUGGAUGAAUAGUGAUGAUUACUGAUUA